UCUGAUGUUUCUGUGUGAGAAGUGAUUCUAAAUAGCUGACAUGUAAGUUCAAUGUUUGUAAGAGGACUUUUACACAAGAACAGUUAUGUAAAACAUAAAAUUGGCAAAGCUAACAUGGAAAAACGAAUGAUCUUAGAUCGGUGAGAAGCCAGUUGAUUUAGCCUCACACUGGCAGGGUAAGGGAGGUAGCAAAUGUAUUUCCUGAGAACUUGUCUACCUACAGCAUACAAACAUUACAUGGCCUCAAAAAUCUGCAGUUACACAUUGAUCAGAUUAUUAAAGUAUUUUUUUUUUUUUUAAACUCUCAAAUGUGCAGCUGAAGACUACACUAAAAAUGCAGAACACAGGCUAGGUUGAAGACAGAGCAGGCUGUGAUGGGGGACAGCCUAUCCACGGGUCCAGAAGGCAGGCGACAGUCUAUUUCUUGCUCUGAAUGGUGGUUAUUUGGAAGUUUACAUUGCAAUUCUUCGUUAAAAUGGACAUAUACUUUAGGUACAUUUCUACGUAUGCUAUAUGGGAGAGGGAAAAAUAUCUAACAUACCCAAGGUGGUGGCUUUCAGAUACUUUAGGGCAGUCACUACCUAAACUGUAGAGAUUUAGAGCUUCAGACUACAUUCUGAGUUUAAAGUCACUAUGAGACAACUCUGGGAGCCAAAAUGCUUUACUCUAAGGUCAGAAGCCAAGGGCUCAAAAAACUCUUAAAAGGUCUAACCUAACUCCUUCACUCUGAAGGAAAGGAAACACCCAAGUCUAAGUUACAUGACACACACCCCCAGGUCCCCCAGCCAGGGCUACUAUUGUUUGUGUCUACCUAAACCACAAUUGUAAUUCUAAUAUAGUAUGUGGUGGUUACCAGUAAACAAUCUGAGCAAAUCAGAACAAAAAACUGGCAUGUCCAGCCACACACUAUUUACUACCCAAACUUUAACAGAGAAGGGAGAGUAGCACUCCAUUUACAAAAUUCAAACACUGUAGGGAAAAGGAAAGUGUAAUGGGCUCUGAGGUAUCCAUUUCCCACCAGAAUGUCUUGGACGUGGUAUAAUUCAGCGCCCUCUCUUCCAGGAGCACUUUGUACCCUGGCACUAAAAGCCACCAUCUAACUACCUGUUUACUACCCACACAACUGGGGAGAGUUCUUAAACGUUCCUUCGCUGGCUGGAUUCCGGACCCUUUUCAAAUUGAAACUCUGAAGGACCCAGGGCUUUUUCCCAUUUCCUUCUUGUCUUUUGCAACUGCCUCAAAGGCCUAGAGUCAGGAGGGGCAAAAAUGCCCCACCCUACCAAUAACCGCAAGAACCUGCUGCAAACUGCAGGUCCAGUCUAGAGUGUUAAACACCCCGUGCAAGGACCACCCCAGUCAUCGUAUUCGAGCGAGCUCCCACCCCAGGUUUUCUUCCAGUACGCGCCUCCUUCCUCUCUAGUCAGCGAAAUAAACAAGCCCCCCGGCCUAACCUGGGCAAAAUAACAUGCAGAACGAUUACUUAAGCAUAAUGCACACUCCCACCCAGGCCUUUUGUUUCUCCUAAGUCAGAGGCCAGAAAUUUCUUUCAGUGGAGAUUUCUGGCCUCACGAUCCGAGUUGGCCUUAUUACACAACAGAUCUCCCUCGGCGUUUGCUGAAACACGGCCCUAGGAAGCCACAUAACCGCUUUCUGGAGAGAAAAAAAUAAAUGGUAAAAAACGAAGCCCGAAAAGGGAGCCGACUUGAGAGGCCGUAAGGUGUGUGGGGGCGGGGGGAAGGGGGGCCCACACUCCGUCUAAAACACAGUCGGACAGAAAAAAGUUCGGCUUCGCGCUGGAACCCGCCGAGGGGGCGACUUGGCGGCACUGGACGCCGCAGCCGACUCGGCUCUAAGGAUGACGGGGCCCCCUUUCAUAGGUCUGCGCCCCUCGGCUCGCAAAUCCGUGAAGCCUUUUCAGCUUAUAUGCUUUUAUUGCCCAAGCUUCUCGGCGAGGCAGAGUCGCCCUCGGGCUUUGGCUGCCUUUCUGAAAAUGAGAUUGGGGUGGGAAAAGUCAGAGGGGCUGCGGAACUGCAGCUUUCGGAGCCGCCGUUCGGCCCUCUCACCCCCCGUUUCGGGGCUUCGGAGCUUCGGGGCUCCGGGGCUCGAGGCCUGGCCGAGCCCUCCCCCCACCCCCGCGCGGGGCCCCGGAGGCCGCAGGCCCCGCCCACGUGGCGGGCGGCCCAGAGCGCGAGGCCGGACGGCCGCCACACAAUGGAGGCCAAGGCUGGCCCAGCGCGCCUCCGCCGCCUCGAGCCCCCCGCGCGCCGGAGGUGCCGGAAGGUUCCAGAACCGGCCUGCUCGGUGGGGGGAGGGGAGCGGAGGAGAGGAGAAAGGCGGCCGUCGAGCUCCUCGGGCCGCGGCGGAAAGGGAAACUGAGGCCCAAAAUAUAAAGCCGAGUCCCAGCCACACCGUGGGACCCCCACUUUCCAUCACCCGGAAGAAUCUUCCCGGUCCUUGUCUUUCCAUUUCUGUCUUCCCGGCUUCCCAGUAAGCACACAGCCCCAAGACCACCUUUGACCACCUUCAGCCAAGUUAUGCAUGCCAGAGGCCCACCUGGCCUACCAUCUCCGGCGCUGCCUCUCGCUUCCUCCAUCCUGAUGCUUCUAAUAAGCAGCCUGUGGCUGCUGGGGGCUGGCCCCAGCCUUGUCCUGGCCCCAGAGCUGCUGCUGGACCCUUGGCAGGGUGAGGGUCAACCCCAUGGGCCUUGGAGGAGGCAGAAGAAUUGCUGUAGGGCCUCAGACCAGUUGGCAGGAGCAGCAUGCAUCCUGCAGCAGUCAAGCAGGGAUCGGACCCAGUGCCCCAGGGAAGCACACCGGCUGCUGACACAUGCCCUGGGCCACACGGCCCUGCCCAGUCUGCUCCUGAGCCUGCUGCUCCUGACCACGCUGGGCUGGCGGCAGGAGUGCCAUCUGGGCACACUGCGGUUCCUGCAUGCCUCCACCCUGCUUGCCCUGGCCUGUGGGCUAAUGGCUGUGCUGCUGGCAGGCCUUGGGUUGUCCAGGGCCGCCGGGGGCUGUGGAUACAUGCCUGUCCACCUGGCCAUGCUGGCAGGGCAGUGUUACCGCCUUAGGCAGCCCCGAGGGGCAAUGCCACCCUGGCUCCUGCCCUGGCUGCUCCUCGCCCUGACGCCACUGCUAAGCUCCGAGCCACCCUUCCUGCAGCUCUUCUGUGGUCUCCUUGCCGGCGUGGCUUAUGCAGCCGGGGCCUUCCAGUGGCUGGAGCUUUCUGAGCGGCGGCUGCAGGCACUGCAGGAGGGCGUCCUGUGCAGGGCCCUGGCAGGGAGUUGGCCCCUCCGCCUCCUUCCUACCCCAGGCAGCCUGGCUGAGCUGCCUGUCACCCAUCCUGCUGGAACAAGGCCUCCCACACCUGGACCUCCUUACAUGGCCUCCGCUAGCCUGUGGUCCCACAGUGAAGGCUCAGCCCCGCUCCCACCAGGCCUGAGGCUGGUGCAGCCGCACUGGGAGGGUUCCUCAGAGGCAGGACUGGCCUGGUCUGGGCCCAGCUUCCCCCCAGGGACCCCACUGUGGGCAGCCCUGGAUGAGCAGAUGCUGCAGGAGGGGAUUCAGGCCUCGCUCCUUGAGGGGCCAGCCCAGGGUCCCGAGGCCCCACUUUGGCUGCCUAAGUCCUCCGUCUCCUCUCUGCGGCUGCAGCAGCUGGAGCGCAUGGGCUUCCCCACAGAACAGGCAGUGGUGGCCCUGGCAGCCACAGGCCGCGUGGAGGGUGCCGUGUCACUGCUGGUCGGUGGGGAGGUGGGUACCGAGGCACUGGUGACUCAGGGGAGGGGUGGGCCCGCCCACCCUGAGGGUCCUGGGCCCCCCUAGCACAGGCAGGCCCUCAGAUGAGAAGAAGCCUGGCCUAUGGGUGGGAAGUCAGAGUUCCAUGCUGCCUGCUAAGAGCUAUGGUGGGUUCAGGGUCAGCCCCUCCAGCACCCAGCUCUGGUACUGUUUAGAAUUAAACUAGUUUACUUUUCAACCUUGA